CCCAGAAGAAGAAGGCGUCGCUGGCCAGUCUGGACCCGGACGCUCUGAACGUGGAGGUGGGGGAUCAGGUUCUUGUUGCCGGGCAGAAAAACGGCAUCGUUCGUUACUACGGGAAAACAGACUUCGCUCCAGGUUAUUGGUUCGGUGUCGAGUUGGAUCAGGCGACAGGAAAACACGACGGCUCGGUUUUUGGAGUUCGGUACUUCAGCUGCCUGCCGAAAUACGGAGUGUUUGCUCCACCAUCCCGCGUCCAGAGGUGA